UCGAUACUGUUGAUCAUUCUGUUUUACUGAAGAAAUGAUCAAGAGUCGUCCUGGGAUAUACAGCCUGUUCAUGGUUUCAGAAUUAUCCGAGUGACAGAACUCAGGCCAUCUUGAUAGAUGGGGUUACAUCAGAAUUAUCCGAGUGACAGAACUCAGGCCAUCUUGAUAGAUGGGGUUACAUCAGAAUUAUCUUAGUGACAGAACUUGAUAGAUGGGGUUAAAUCAGAAUUAUCUUAGCGACAGAACUCAGGCCAUCUUGAUAGAUGGGGUUAAAUCAGAAUUUCUUGAGAUUCAAAAAGGUGUUCCUCAAGGUUUGAUUUUGGGUCCAUUAUUGUUCACCUUGUAUAUUAAUGAAAUAGGAAACACUGUUAAUACUUGUAACAUUCAUCUCUAUGCAGAUGACACAGUUUUAUAUUCCUGUGCCACCUCAGGGUUAGGGUUGACCCUCGGUACCACCUCAGGGUUAGGGCUGACCCUCGGUACCACCUCAGGGUUAGGGUUGACCCUCGGUACCACCUCAGGGUUAGGGUCAGGGUUAGGGUUGACCCUCGGUGCCACCUCAGGGUUAGGGUUGACCCUCGGUACCACCUCAGGGUUAGGGUCAGGGUUAGGGUUGACCCUCGGUACCACCUCAGGGUUAGGGUCAGGGUUAGGGUUGACCCUCGGUACCACCUCAGGGUUAGGGCUGACCCUCGGUACCACCUUAGGGUUAGGGUCAGGGUUAGGGCUGACCCUCGGUACCACCUCAGGGUUAGGGUUGACCCUCAGUACCACCUCAGGGUUAGGGUUGACCCUCGGUACCACCUCAGGGUUAGGGCUGACCCUCGGUACCACCUCAGGGUUAGGGUUGACCCUCGGUACCACCUCAGGGUUAGGGUUGACCCUCGGUACCACCUCAGGGUUAGGGUUGACCCUCGGUACCACCUCAGGGUUAGGGUCAGGGUUAGGGCUGACCCUCGGUACCACCUCAGGGUUAGGGUUGACCCUCGGUACCACCUCAGGGUUAGGGUCAGGGUUAGGGCUGACCCUCGGUACCACCUCAGGGUUAGGGUCAGGGUUAGGGCUGACCCUCGGUACCACCUCAGGGUUAGGGUUGACCCUCGGUACCACCUCAGGGUUAGGGUCAGGGUUAGGGUUGACCCUCGGUACCACCUCAGGGUUAGGGUUGACCCUCGGUACCACCUCAGGGUUAGGGUUGACCCUCGGUACCACCUCAGGGUUAGGGUCAGGGUUAGGGCUGACCCUCGGUACCACCUCAGGGUUAGGGCUGACCCUCGGUGCCACCUCAGGGUUAGGAUCAGGGUUAGGGCUGACCCUCGGUACCACCUCAGGGUUAGGGCUGACCCUCGGUACCACCUCAGGGUUAGGGCUGACCCUCGGUACCACCUCAGGGUUAGGGUUGACCCUCGGUACCACCUCAGGGUUAGGGUUGACCCUCGGUACCACCUCAGGGUUAGGGUUGACCCUCGGUACCACCUCAGGGUUAGGGCUGACCCUCGAUACCACCUCAGGGUUAGGGCUGACCCUCGAUACCACCUCAGGGUUAGGGCUGACCCUCGGUACCAGCUCAGGGUUAGGGCUGACCCUCGGUACCAGCUCAGGGUUAGGGCUGACCCUCGGUACCAGCUCAGGGUUAGGGCUGACCCUCGGUACCACCUCAGGGUUAGGACUGACCCUCGGUGCCACCUCAGGGUUAGGGUCAGUGUUAGGGUUGACCCUCGGUACCACCUCAGGGUUAGGGCUGACCCUCGGUACCACCUCAGGGUUAGGGUUGACCCUCGGUACCACCUCAGGGUUAGGGCUGACCCUCGGUACCACCUCAGGGUUAGGGCUGACCCUCGGUACCACCUCAGGGUUAGGGUUGACCCUCGGUACCACCUCAGGGUUAGGGUCAGGGUUAGGGCUGACCCUCGGUACCACCUCAGGGUUAGGGCUGACCCUCGGUACCACCUCAGGGUUAGGGUCAGGGUUAGGGCUGACCCUCGGUGCCACCUCAGGGUUAGGGCUGACCCUCGGUACCACCUCAGGGUUAGGGUUGACCCUCGGUACCACCUCAGGGUUAGGGCUGACCCUCGGUACCACCUCAGGGUUAGGGCUGACCCUCGAUACCACCUCAGGGUUAGGGCUGACCCUCGGUACCACCUCAGGGUUAGGGCUGACCCUCGAUACCACCUCAGGGUUAGGGUUGACCCUCGAUACCACCUCAGGGUUAGGGCUGACCCUCGGUACCAGCUCAGGGUUAGGGCUGACCCUCGGUACCAGCUCAGGGUUAGGGCUGACCCUCGGUACCAGCUCAGGGUUAGGGCUGACCCUCGGUACCACCUCAGGGUUAGGACUGACCCUCGGUGCCACCUCAGGGUUAGGGUCAGUGUUAGGGUUGACCCUCGGUACCACCUCAGGGUUAGGGCUGACCCUCGGUACCACCUCAGGGUUAGGCUCAGGGUUAGGGCUGACCCUCGGUACCACCUCAGGGUUAGGACUGACCCUCGGUGCCACCUCAGGGUUAGGGUCAGUGUUAGGGUUGACCCUCGGUACCACCUCAGGGUUAGGGCUGACCCUCGGUACCACCUCAGGGUUAGGGUCAGGGUUAGGGCUGACCCUCGGUGCCACCUCAGGGUUAGGGCUGACCCUCAGUACCACCUCAGGGUUAGGGUUGACCCUCGGUACCACCUCAGGGUUAGGGCUGACCCUCGGUACCACCUCAGGGUUAGGGCUGACCCUCGGUACCACCUCAGGGUUAGGGUUGACCCUCGGUACCACCUCAGGGUUAGGGUCAGGGUUAGGGCUGACCCUCGGUACCACCUCAGGGUUAGGGCUGACCCUCGGUACCACCUCAGGGUUAGGGUCAGGGUUAGGGCUGACCCUCGGUGCCACCUCAGGGUUAGGGCUGACCCUCGGUACCACCUCAGGGUUAGGGUUGACCCUCGGUACCACCUCAGGGUUAGGGCUGACCCUCGGUACCACCUCAGGGUUAGGGCUGACCCUCGGUACCACCUCAGGGUUAGGGUUGACCCUCGGUGCCACCUCAGGGUUAGGGUCAGGGUUAGGGCUGACCCUCGGUGCCACCUCAGGGUUAGGGCUGACCCUCGGUACCACCUCAGGGUUAGGGUUGACCCUCGGUACCACCUCAGGGUUAGGGCUGACCCUCGGUACCACCUCAGGGUUAGGGCUGACCCUCGGUACCACCUCAGGGUUAGGGCUGACCCUCGGUACCACCUCAGGGUUAGGGCUGACCCUCGGUGCCACCUCAGGGUUAGGGUUGACCCUCGGUACCACCUCAGGGUUAGGGUCAGGGUUAGGGCUGACCCUCGGUACCACCUCAGGGUUAGGGUUGACCCUCGGUACCACCUCAGGGUUAGGGCUGACCCUCGGUACCACCUCAGGGUUAGGGUUGACCCUCGGUACCACCUCAGGGUUAGGGCUGACCCUCGGUACCACCUCAGGGUUAGGGCUGACCCUCGGUGCAGCAGGCCAUUCAUGAACUUCAGUAUGACUUUGAUCCAAUUCAGAAAUCCCUUACAGAUCUUUAGUGUUAAAUUCAAGUAAAACCAAGUUCAUGCUGUUCUCUAGGUCACGACAUGUUGACCCUGAGGACCUGCAUAUCUGCCCUAUAAAUGGAUCCCAAACUGAGCUCGUUUCUCAAUAUCAGUACCUGGGUGUCUGGAUUUAUGACAGGUUAUCCUUCGUAACUCAUAUAGAAAAUUUGACUUAGAAGCUAAGAUCUAAGAUAGUUUUUUUAUAUCUAAAUAAAUGAGGCCUCAGUAUUAAAAACAGGAGAAUGAUUGUUCAAACACCACUUCUCCCUGUAUUGGAUUUUGGUGAUGUAGUUUACAGGCAACCUCUGUUUUAAAACCCUUGGCCGCCGUCUACCAAUCAGCAAUACGUUUUAUCACGGGACAAUUUUAGGACUCAUCCUUGUAGUCUGUAUAAAAUGUGGGAUGGACUUCUCUGUCAGAAGAGAGCUGCAUUCUCAUUUAUUUACAAAGCAAUGUGACAAACUCUCUCUCUAUAUGUAACUUUAUUAAGUUACCAAACCCGUCCACAGGAAUGGGUAACACUGGAGAUCCCUUCAGUCUCCACAGAUUUGGGGAAAAGCGGCGUUGUUUAUUUGCCCCUAAUUUGUGGAACAAUCUGCAGAGUUCACUGCAGUUAGAUGUGCUGAUGUCACCCAGGCAGUUCACAUUACUGGUUGAGGACCUCUAUGUAGUUGACUGGGAUUGAUUUAGGACCUCUAUGUAGUUGGAUGGGAUUGAUUUAGGACCUCUAUGUAGUUGACUGGGAUUGAUUUAGGACCUCUAUGUAGUUGGAUGGGAUUGAUUUAGGACCUCUAUGUAGUUGGGUGGGAUUGAUUUAGGACCUCUAUGUAGUUGACUGGGAUUGAUUUAGGACCUCUAUGUAGUUGAAUGGGAUUGAUUUAGGACCUCUAUGUAGUUGGAUGGGAUUGAUUUAGGACCUCUAUGUAGUUGACUGGGAUUGAUUUAGGACCUCUAUGUAGUUGACUGGGAUUGAUUUAGGACCUCUAUGUAGUUGAAUGGGAUUGAUUUAGGACCUCUAUGUAGUUGGAUGGGAUUGAUUUAGGACCUCUAUGUAGUUGGAUGGGAUUGAUUUAGGACCUCUAUGUAGUUGAAUGGGAUUGAUUUAGGACCUCUAUGUAGUUGAAAGGGAUUGAUUUAGGACCUCUAUAUAGUUGAAAGGGAUUGAUUUAGGACCUCUAUAUAGUUGAAAGGGAUUGAUUUAGGACCUCUAUGUAGUUGAAAGGGAUUGAUUUAGGACCUCUAUGUAGUUGAAUGGGAUUGAUUUUAUUCAUGUUUAUUUUGUGCUGAAUUAUAUUUUAUACACGUAUGUUUUAAUAUUCUUUCUUUUUUUAUUGUAAUGUGUACAGGGCUCUCUUGUAAAUAGAUUUUUUUUUUUUAUCUCAAUCUGUUUUGAAGGUUAAAUAAAAAUACAGUGGAUUUAU